ACAUCAGCUCACCGUUCUGUUCAAGCUGUAUAAACAAACUCGCUUUAAUGUUCGCUUCGAAAUAGUAUAUAACUCGUUUAUUUUUAAGCAUUGAGUCGCAGUGAGCCAGGUGAUGAUGGACGUUCCACCCUUCAGAGGAUGAUGCUGAAAUUAGUCGCAAACAUCGUGAUGGAGUCUAACUUCAUUGCAGCAUCAAUUCUAUUUUGCUUUAGCACAUUUAAACGCUGCGCUGUGCGAUAAUACUGAUUUAUAAUACUGAUUUGUAUACCAUGCAAACGCUGCACUUUUCGGUCCGAAAAUAGGAAUGUAUGAAUGUCUUUUUUCGGUUUGUUUAUAGACACGUUCUGUGUUAGUAGUAAAUAGUUAAGAGGCUGGAAUAGUCGCCCCGGUUAAGAGUAGCAUAUUUUAUUUAAACGAGCAUAACUUACGCUUUCAUAGUGUAAUAUUUUGAAAUACUAUAUAUUACUACUAAAACUAUAUUUAGUAGGCUACUCUAGUCUACAUGAGUUGUGUUAAGUAAGAGGAACGUUGAUCUCUCAAAUCUUGAGAUCUUGACAUUGACCUCAUGGAUAGGCACGAAUGAUCUUCAUCAAACAGAUCUCUCUUUCUUGGGUUUAUCCAUGACUCUACUGUUUUCUGAUGGAACAGAAGGUCCUCAAUAAGCCCUCCAUGGUGUCCAGACUGCCCAAAUUUGGUUCCCGUCCUGCCAAUGGAAUCUCUUCCUCCCUUCCCAAUGGUACAACUCAGACUGUGCCCACACAAGAGGGCAAGGGUAUUCCUUCCCCUGCAAAGCCAAAUGGAGUGGUCAGAGCCUCCUCCUUUUCCAUGAAAUGGAAAAAGGAGAAUUGUGGGCCAAAGGACCCUUCAAGCCCAGAUGAGGGCACUCCUCCAGAAGAAAAGAAGGCAGUUCGCUCCUCUCGUUCUCCAGGGAAUAGGGAGUUAAAAAGCCCUUGUACUCCCUCAACCAAAGUGCGGAGGGAUGCCUCCUCUUUAUGCACUGGAAGCCCUAAUCCCAUGCCCAAAUCCCCAAAGUCCACCUCGAGUCCCAAAGCAAAUCUGAAAAACUCUCCGAUCACGACACCCGCCAACAGCCAGGACACAUCCCAAAAAAGCCAGUCUAAGCCAACUCAAAAUGGGACGCCAGUUGUGGGGUCAUCAACUGGACGGACAGUCUCUUUAGUGCUCCAGCAACCGAGAGCAAACACUGGCUCUACUCGAAGCAGCUCCAAAGACAGCCUGUCUCAGUCAAGCGACAGCCUCUUACGACAACCCCUUGCAUUGGACCCUAUGGUGCGUUCUCAGAGCUUCACCCAUUUCAAACAACUGCCCUCGCCAACUAACACACCCAUGAUGCGGUCCUUCUCUUUCAACAAGGCUGUGGAACUAGCAAAACCGCUAGCUAAUACACAGCUACGCCCACCACGAACACUUGGACUCAAAUCGCCCCAGAGCUUUGGAUGCCUUGUGCUUGGGUUGGGGGGAUUGGGAUUUGGAAAGGGGCUGUCAGACCGACUCCCUGCUGCAAGUCCUCCCUCAGAGGGCCUAACACCGCCUAAUAGCAUAAAACGGCCUCUUCUACAUAAUUCUGUGUUGACAAAGCCCUCGAUACUUGCUUAUAGGCAAAAUCGACCAGUUGCUGCCAAACCACAGUUCCCUUUAGUGGUUGGGAGGACUUCUCCAGAGAGUGAAGUUAUAACCCCACCUCUCACUCCAGAGCUGCCCCACUGUGCCACGAAGAGCGCAUCAGCUCCCAUAGUUUUACAAGAGGGGCAUUUUACAGAACAGUGGCUGGAUGGGAACCUCCGUUACACUACAGAGAGACCGGAGGACAUGUCUCUCUCCUCUGCAUCUUCCCUGGAGAGGAAUGACACCAGUGAGGAGUUCCUUGAUGACUUAGAACACCUAGGAGACCAAUCACAGCAUGUCAUUGCACAUAAUAAAAAUCCCAGGGCCAUGUCCACACAGACACGCCUUCAGAGCUUCUUAAGUGAGACCAUGGAUUGGGCUGGGAUUGGUCUGGCAGGUGGUAAGGCAGAUUCGAAGUGUGGACUGCCCCGUGUGCCGCCUCUUAUGUCCCCAGAUGUGGAUCGUCAUGCAGCCUCCUUGCUGGAGCUCUCCCCCUCUAACAGCUCGGGAGGAACAUACAUGUGGGAUGAGGAGGGUAUGGAACCACUUGGGCACAACACACACUUACACUGCUGCAGCAGCUACGAGUCAGACCUCAACAGCAUAGACAUUCUGAACAACUUGGAUAACACUACGUCAUGUGACCUGGAAGAAGAUGACCUCAUUCUUGAUGUGGAUCUGCCAGAGGACGGAGCCUUACUCUGUGAUGGAAUGGCCCAUUUUGAGCGCUCUGAGAGGGGGGGCCGGCCGGCUCAGUGGAGGAGAAGACAGCAGAGAUGGAGUGGAAUGGAUCAUGCUCACAAUGACAACAGGCUGGUUGGGUUGCAUAAUGAUGGGUGUCCUACAGGCCAUCAGACUCUCCAUCAUGCAGAUCAGCAUGACAGUCACAUGGUGGCACUAGAUGACCUCACUCUCAAGCACAUGGUUGAGGACUGCUCAUCUGUUAAAUUACAGCUGCUAAAACUCAAGAGUCUAUUGCAGAUGGAUGAUGAAGAUAUUUCUCCAGAGAGUGUGGAAUCCAGCGAAGAUGACCGCAAAGGCCGGCAGAUGGAGGAGCUGAUGAAGGAAGUGGCACGUCUCAGGGAAGAGCUGAAAAAUAAAGAUAAAAUCAUCACUCGGCUCACGCAUCAACAACAAUCUCCGGUGAGAUGUCAUUGUCAACAGCAGAAGUUGGGGGUCAAAGGUGAGAGAAGAACACAUCAUGAUAAAUCCUCUCAGACGGUGUGGCGGCCGCCCCAUCAUCACCAUGCUCCUCAAAUACUUCAGCCCAUCAGCCACAUCCCCAACGAGCCCCUCAUCCAGGGAAGACUAGUAAGAACAGUCCCCACAGGGGGCCCCAGUGAUGCCUGCACUGUAGUACAGAGGUCGCCUCUGUCCAGUCCUUCUGUCCCCUGUACUGGUAUAGUACCAUCUCCUGCUCUGAAAACUACUAGAGGCCCUCACGUGGAUUCGAGAUCUCUGCCUGAUCCAGAAGAGUUGAGCCAGUUGCUUAGCACCCACCUUCACAUCCAAGACAACCACAAGAGCGACUCACAUGGCACUGGAGAACAGAUUAUGAGACCAACCCAAGACAACCUCCAAAACAAACUGCAAACCCCUCACCCCCUGUCCUUCUUCAGCCCUCGUGUCCUGCAGCCUCCCCAUCUACACGAACGGAUAACUCUCCCUGCUCUGCCUCUAGUUGGCGGUAGAGGGGUGAACCCAAAGCCUGGUCCCACAUUGAACCAGAAUGUCAAGCUGCUUCCUCCUCCAACCAGAGGUUUACCAUGCUUCAGUGCCAGGAACCACGUCAGUUCACGGGGAUUCAUGUCCCAGCCCUGGCCUCCAUUGGUCAGGAGAGAUUCUGACCCCAUUGAAGGGUUGGCUGACCCAGGACUCUUGCUCGAACACAAAGCUUCGGUACCGCUCAGUGUCUCCACAAGACUUGCAAAGCCAAAGAUCAACUGAGCAUAAGCUGCAGCCAUAGAAGGAUUAGACUACCUCCCUGAAUGCAUGGAGACACACACAGCUUGCACUUAAGAGUGUUUUUUUUUAGUGGCUAAAAUCACAGGACAAAGUUGAAUACAAACUUUUAUGCUAAACAAAGCAGCUAAGCUAUUGCACCUAACUAUGCAACAAAACAGCUGUGUGUCACAAUCAGUGCUUCUGUCCCACAAAACGGCUCUUUCACUUAUAGGUCAUCUUAUUUCAUUUCAUAACCACUGAGAAUCCUUUGCCACUCACAAAAACAUAGUAUUUGAUACAAAGGCCUGCAAUGCACAAAAGAGAAAAGACAGUAAAGGAGAGAAGAAUUAUUUAAAAUUAGCAAUGGAAAGCAGUAGAUAAGUUUUGAUUUUUACAUGAUAUACAUCAAGGUCAUAAUUGACGUGAGAGAAGUGUCAUAGAUUACCUGUGGAGCUCAUUUUAGGCUCUCUGCUUCUUGAUAUUUCCCCAUGUGGCAUGCCCUCUGAACACCUGCAGAGAUUCAGCUCUCACAUUAUGUGGUUUUAUGACAUUUACAUCACCAAUCUUCCGGGGUUAGACUGAGAAAACACACAUUAUAGUCUACGCAUCCUAGAACUCCUCUGAAAGAUUGAAAGUGUUAUAUCACAAGACCCAAUGUACUUGUCUCUUUUUAGUUACAGUAUUUUUAGUUACUGAAUUUAUCUGUUUGUCAUGUACUACAUGUGAAUUCUCCACAUAAAUUCAAAGAAAAUGUCCAAGAGGCAAAAUUGGUUAACUUUUUCCUCCAGGGUUCAUCAUUCUUCUUCUAACAUCUUGCAUUUCCAUUCAACAUAGUCUCUUUGGCCUUUAGAUCCAUGGAUUUGGCAGGAGGGUGCACAAACUGUUAGUGCUUCCUUGAUUUUCACCUUUGGCAUAAGUCGUGAUCAGCAGAUUUUCAUUUUAAUUAGGAUCAUGUCACCUAUAUUAAUAAGGUUAUUUUUCUUGAUAAUGGAUAAUGGCAUGCUUGAAGCCGGAAACUUGUAAUUAUUUUCCUCUCCAGAAGUGGUAUAAAAAUUAUUAUGCUUUUUAAUUAUUUAUACAUUAUACAGAUGUUUACAGUUAAAAUGCCUUUGUUAAGCUACUCACUGCUGCAGGAUGGAUCUAAAGAGCUUUUCUUGCCGUCUUUGGUGUUGACUAAUAUAUGAAAUAAAUGUAAAAUUUUGCUAUAACUUUACACAGAAAAGUUUGGUAAGGGAUUUUAUCACACUAAAGUCAUGUUAACAUGCAUAUUGUUUAUGUCUUCUGGCUAUACUUUUGAAAUGGUUAGAAUUUUAAAAGUCUACGGAUUGGCCCCAUUCAGAUGUCAAACUGUUGGCAUUUAUUCUGGCUCUGCAAGCAGUGAUGACUUAAAAAAAAAAAAUUAGCAAGGAUUCAAUACCUGGUAUUGUAUUUAAUGAUGUUGAUGGUAAGAUGCUAAGUGAUGAUUUUAAGGUUUUGCUGUGUAAUGUUGAGACUAAUUGGAAAGUUUGACCUGUGCCAAGUUUUAAUUAGUUCAAUUAUUUCUCAGGUGACCACAAUAGUGUUUUUUCCCCCCUGCAUUCAUAAUGGGGAGGUCAGAAUGCAGCUUAAAAACUCCCACAGAACACUGCUUGUGUCAUUGUUUUCUGUUGAUCUGAGAUUAAGGUUGUUGGUCUUAUCUUGUUUUCUUCAGAGAAUGGCUUUCCAUUCUCAAGAUUUCAUAAAUGUGUUAGAAGUUUCAUACUCCUACCCCAGAUGGUCUUGAGUUUGAGAUUUUGAGCUUGUGGCAUACCUUUAUACUUAAUAUAGUUAGUUCUGAAAACAUGCACAAUGUAAAACACAAAAAUAAUACACAAAGAUCCACCGCAUGGACAUCUGUACUUAUCCGUUCUGUGAUUUUGUGAACAAGAACCCACUGUGUGUGUGUGUGUGUGUGCCAUAUAUGUACUAUGGUUAUAGUGUGUAUAUUGAUAUAUGGGUAAAAAUUUACAAUAAGGUUCAUUUCAUUAGCUAAUGCAUUAAGUAUCAGAAACUAACAAUGAACACAAUAUUUUUUUUCCAGAAUGAACUUUUUUAAUGAUAGUUCAUAAAAAUUAAUUUAUUCAUUGUUAGUUCAUGUUCGCUCAUAGUGCAUUAACUGAUGUACAACAUUUGAUUUAAAACAAUUAUUACUAUGUUGAAAUUAACAUUUAACCAAGAUUAAUAAAUGCUAUACAGGUAUUGUUCAUUGUUGGUUCGUGUUCAUUCAUAUUACUGUAUUUACUAAAGUUAAAAAAUGGAACCUUAUUGUAAAGUGUUACCAAUGCUAUAACUGUGACAGUUUUCCCUGAAUGUAAGGAGUCAUACCUCAUGGACAUUUAAUCAAAAUCAAAAUUGAUUUACUGCCAUUUUCCCACCAUUUAAUGGGCUGUGGGUGCUGUAACAGUCCCUCUCAUGGGCCACAUACUUCAAGACACACCCAAAACAGAGAUGGUCAACCAUGUCUAAGGAAAAUCAAUGAAACGGGGAUCUGUGUGUGUGUGUGUGUUUCUCUGUGUCACCCAACUGUGUGGUUCUUCCAAGCAGCAAAUCAAUGGAGGGUUUGUUUUGUAAUGCUUUGGAGACUGUUUGUUUGUAUUUCUCUCUCUCUUGGUGUCUGCACGUAUGCAAGAGGAGAGGGGUCCCGUGAAAUGUGGUGUAGUCUUGCUUAAUGAAAGUUGCAGAAGUGCAUUGAUUCCAUCAGCUGCGGUCAGAGGUGAAUUGCUCAUGUCAAUAUGGCGCCUGUUUACAGCUUGGCUCAUCGUGUUUUUACAUUGCCUGUUAACGAGACUCAAAUAAAAAUCGUUUUAACUGACAUACUGUAAUUAAAUAUUGAGCUGGAGUUUUAUGAGAUAGUGCCAACCACAAUUUUGGGGAACUAUGCACUGUGGCAUUUCUUAAAUGUGUUAUAAUAGUGUCAUAGAUAUGUUAUAGAUGCUUUAUAAAUGUUAGGCUUCUACAUCCUAUUCUGUUCUCACAAUAAAGGCAUUUUCAUUCAAGUUGAAGUAGAACUGCAAAGUUAACCAAACCAUUAAAACGGUAUACAAAAAUAAAUUAACUAGUAUUGUGUAAAAUACACCUAUGACUUGCUGCCCAUGUGUGAAUGAGCCUUCCUGUAGGGUUCUGUUCACCUAGAAAAUUCCCUUAGAGCAUGCAACAAAAAAAAUCUCCCAUUUUCCCUCCAUAUAGUUCAUGUCAUGCCAUGUUUUUCACCUGUUGUUACUGAGAGUGAGCAGUAUUGUGAAAUAACUAACAUACUCCAUUAGCUUAAUGAAAACCACAGCUGCCAGCCUGUUUGUGUGUGUGUGGACAGAAAAGAUGUUUACUAACAUGAGGACUGAAUUCAAGCACUUUAAAUUACCUGGUUUAACCUCCAGACAGGAGAAGACUGUGGUCUUUUUGACCUAGAUGGAUGCUGAUUGAUAUCUGUUUGAUUGUGUUUAAACGUCCUUUAUUUGGCUGUUUAUGUGUUUUGAUGAUCUUCUCCCUGUAUGCCCUCUUCCAGUGGAAGGUUUGAGACUUUAAUAAAGUGGAAGAAAAAUA